AUGCCGGUAUACACCAAAGAUAUCAUGAGCAAUGGCGACGCAAUGCCAGAGCCUCUCGUCCAAGCUGUCUUGCAGCAGGACAAGUCCAUGCCUAUCGCCAUUGUGGGCAUGGCUUGUAAACUACCCGGCGAGGCCACCAACCCAGACAAACUAUGGGAACUAUGUGCUGAGAGGAAAGCCGCAUGGAGCGAGGUUCCCAAGGAGCGUAUGAAUAUUGAUUCCUUCUGGCAUCCUGAUGGCGAACGAGGAGGAAACACAAACGCAAAGGGAGGACACUUCCUCAAGCAAGACGUUGCCGCCUUUGAUGCAUCGUUUUUCUCCAUCCCUCCCACGGAAGCAAAGAGCAUUGACCCUCAACAACGCAUCCUUAUGGAGACGGUGUACGAGGCCAUGGAAAGUGGUGGAAUGAGUAUGGACGACAUGGCUGGCUCCGACACGAGCUGCUACGUCGGAAGCUUCUCUCGAGACUACUAUGAGAUUAUCGAUCGAGAUCCGGAAACAGCACCUCUGUACUCGGUGACGGGUAACGGAGCUGCUAUUCUGUCUAACCGUAUCAGCUACUUCUAUGAUCUCAAGGGCCCCAGUCUGACCCUGGAUACAGCCUGUAGUAGUAGUCUGGUUGCCCUACACCUGGCCUGUCAGAGCUUGCGUUCAGGAGAGAGCCAUCGCUCUAUCGUCGGUGCCACCAACCUGAUUCUCAACCCGGAUAUUAUCACAGCCAUGUCUAACAUGCAUUUCUUCAGCCCCGACUCGCGAUGCUACAGUUUCGAUGCUCGUGCUAACGGCUAUUCCCGUGGUGAGGGUAUUGCUUGUUUGAUUCUCAAGCCCUUGGCUGAUGCUAUCCGCGACAAUGAUACUAUUCGUGCUGUGAUUAGAGGCACCGCGUGCAACCAGGACGGAAAGACCUCAGGUAUCAUGUUGCCUUCGCGAGAGGCUCAGGAGGAGCUUAUCAAGACGGCGUACAAGGAUUCAGGUUGUGAUUUCGCUACCACGGCCUAUUUUGAGGCUCACGGCACGGGAACACAAGCCGGCGAUCCCCUCGAAUCUGGAGCUAUCGGUAACACCUUUGGCCCCCACCGCCCUGUGGACGAGAAUGGCCGGAAGCUCCCACUUUAUAUCGGCAGUGUCAAGACAAAUGUCGGCCACACUGAAGGUACAAGUGGGCUUGCCGGUGUCAUCAAGGCUGUCUUGUCUCUUGAACGCGGUGCUAUUGCUCCCAACGUGUACUUUGAGACGCCCAAUCCGCAGAUCGACCUUGAAGGCUGGAACCUGCGAGUCCCCACCAAGGCGAUAGCCUGGCCUACCAAGGGGCAACGUCGAAUUAGUGUCAACUCGUUUGGCUUUGGCGGAACAAACGGACACGUCAUUCUUGAUGAUGCGUUUCAUUAUCUGAAUAGGCGUGGUCUGAAGGGUGCUCAUCGAACGGCUCCUAGGCCACUGCUGGACUUGCAAACUGGUAUUGCCAUGAGCAACGCGAUUGCUCCCGUCAUGUCUAAUGGCACCGGUGUCAAUGGUCAUACAAACGGCUAUACUAAUGGGAAUACCAAUGGUCUCACAAACGGCCACACCAAUGGUCAUACUAACGGUCUGACAAAUGGCCAUACUAAUGGCUAUACCAACGGCCACUCCAAUGGUCACUCUCCCCCCCCUGCAAAGCGUCACCGCGUGUUCAUCUGGUCUACUCAUGAAGAGAACAUUGCUGGAAAGAGUGCGGCCGUAUAUGCUGAGCAUCUGGCCCACCGCAAGGAGGCAGACGAGGAAGCCUUCCUCGAUAACCUCUCGUACACACUCUGCAGCCGCCGUUCCAUGCUGCCCUGGAAGUCGUUCCUGGUGGCUCAGUCUCUACCCGACUUGGCUGAGAAGGUGGCCGCGACGCGCCAGAAGCCGGUGCGCGCAUCCAUCAACCCGCUCAAGAUCGGAUUUGUCUUUACAGGCCAGGGCGCGCAGUGGUUCGCCAUGGGUCGAGAGUUGAUACAGACGUAUCCCCUCUUCCAACAGCGGCUGGAAUAUUCCGACCGGUUUGUCAAGAGUCUUGGAGCCAAAUGGUCUCUCAUUGAUGAACUGAACAAGGAUGAGGAGACAUCUCGCAUUAACGAGUCCCUCGUUAGCCAAACUGCUUGCACGGCCCUCCAGCUUGCCUUGGUUGACCUGCUCGCCAGCUGGAGUAUUCGUCCCCAGAAGGUCAUAGGCCACUCGAGUGGUGAGAUCGCCGCCGCUUAUGCUUCAGGUAUCUUGCCCACGGAAUCAGCCCUCAAGGCGGCCUACUUCCGCGGUCUGCACUCUUCCCGUGUGCAAGAAAAGCUGCCGUCUGCUGAUGGCGCCAUGAUGGCUGUUGGCCUUGCUGAGGAAGAUGCCAACAACUACAUCGGGGUCCUUGCUCCGGAGCUCGGGAAGGCAUCCGUCGCGUGCAUCAACAGCCCUACCAAUGUCACUGUCUCAGGUGACCGAGCUGCCCUAGCCGCUCUGGAACAAGCUCUCCAGAAGGAUGCCGUCUUUGCGCGGUUCCUCAAGGUAUCGACGGCGUAUCAUUCCCACCACAUGGAAGCUGUUGCUAGCGAUUAUGAGCACUCUCUGGCUGGUAUGGAGGUCAACACGCCCUCGGAAACUAUCGAGAUGGUCUCGACCGUUACUGGAGAGCUAUUGAAGUCCUCUGACAUCCUCGGCCCCAAGUACUGGAGGGAGAACAUGGUGUCCCCCGUCCGAUUCAACACUGGUCUGCAGGCUCUCUGUGCUCCCCGUGCCACUGCCAAGCGUGCUCGUCGUCUUGCCGCCAAUCAAGCAUCUGUAGACGUCUUGGUCGAACUCGGCCCUCACGCUGCCCUGGCAGGUCCAAUCAAGCAGAUUCUGGGCGUUCCCAGCUUGGAGAAGAGCGGCAUUGUGUACAAGUCUGUGCUAUCUAGGGGACAGGAUGCUUGCGCAACUGCUCUUGAGGCUGCGGCAUUCCUCUUUGCCAAGGGAUGUACGACUAUUGACCUCUACAAGGUCAACUCCCCCGCUGGAUCACAUACAGCGCAGCCGCGUGUGCUCGUUGAUCUGCCCCCAUACUUCUGGAACCACAGCAAGAGCCACUGGAUGGAGUCGCGGUUGAGUCUUGAGCAUCGCUUCCGCCGUCAUGCUCGCACCGACUUCUUGGGAUAUCCUGUCAAUGACUGGAACCCUAUGGAGCCACGCUGGCGCAAUCUCAUUCGUCUCCGUGAGCAGCCCUGGCUCAAGGGCCAUAUCGUACAGGGCUCAUAUGUCUACCCCGGCACAGGCUACAUGUGCAUGGCUCUCGAGGCGAUCCAUCAUCUGCGACACAUGCCUGAGUAUACAGCACCUCAGGGUGACUUUGUGGGAUACCGGCUGAAAGAUGUCAAGCUGAUUCGCGCUCUGAUGGUUCCAGCAAGUGAAGAGGGAGUCGAGACGCUGUUCUCUCUGCGUCACUACAAGGAAAGUACAGCUUCUUACUCCAACACUUGGUACGAGUUCCGUGUCUUCUCUUGGUCUGCCGCUGAUGGGUGGGCUGAACACGCUCACGGUAUGAUUACUGCCGUCUAUGAUGCCCCGAACACGGCUCAUGUGAACCAUAUUCCCUUCAACCCGACGAUGGAUAUUGCAGUGGGCUUGGAGACCUUUUCGGGCACCCGCACAGCUGAGAACUUGUAUGACAUCGUCGAUGCUGUGGGUUUGGUGUACGAAGAGCCAUUCCGGAACUUGACUGGAGACCUCGUGUCCAAUGAGGGCAUAGCAAAAGGAGUCGUUACUGUGCCUGAUACCAAGUCCCUGAUGCCCUUUGAGUUUGAGUAUCCUUAUAUCGUCCACCCUGCCACUAUGGACGGGUUUGUCCAGAUGGUCUUCCCCGCGUUGCUACAUGCCCAGUCCUCCAUUGCGUCUCCGUAUCUACCAGUCUUCUUCGCCGACACUUUUGUCCGUGGCGAUAUUGCUCAAGCUGCUGGCCAUCGGUUUGACUGCAUCGCAACUGCGGGAUACACUGGCUUCCGAGAGGUCACGACCAAUGUUCUUGUCCGCGACGAGGGUACCGGCAAUGCUGUGGUCAGCUUUAAGGAUGUCAAGUGCAGCGGAGUUGACUCUGGAGAGAAUGCCAAUGACGGUCUAUCGGGUCGAGAUGCUAUCAAAAAGCUGUGCUUCCACUCUACCUGGCACCCGGACCCAGAGCUCCUAUCCCAGGACAAGGGUGACGAGUUAAUGCGUCCCUUUAUUCCUGUCCCUGAAGACCCUCAGCGAGUGUCUAACCUCGAGACGAUCGCCUACUACUACUACUACCGGGUUCUGCAGACUGUUACUGAAGACCAGGUUCCCAGCAUGAAGCCACACCACCAGAAGUUCUUCCGAUUCAUGCAGUACCAGCGAGACCUCGUUUUGGCUCACAAGAGCCCUCACCAGACACCCGAGUGGGAGCAACUUGAAGACCCAGUCAUCAGCCAGAAGAUGGAGAAUCUGGCUCUCCGUCUGGAACCCUCUGGUACCGAUGCUCAGCUGAUCUGCCGAGUGGGCCGAAAGCUCGACAAGAUCCUCACCGGCGUCGUCGACCCGCUUGCGCUGAUGCUGGAAGACGAGCUUCUGUACAAGUACUACGAGUCCGUCAUGGGCUACGACAUCAUUUACCACUACGCCGAGAUCCUUGCCAACAAGAACCCUAAUAUGCAGGUUCUGGAAAUUGGUGGCGGUACCGGUGGUGCUACGGCCCCAAUCUUGUCAGCUUUCGGUGGAAAUAACGGCAAGUACCCCAAGUUUACCUCAUACACUUUCACCGAUAUCUCUUCGGGCUUCUUCGAGGAAGCCGAGACCAAGUUCAAGGACUGGGAGGGCCUUGUUGAGUAUAGACGACUCAACAUUGAAGAAGACCCUGCUGAUCAGGGUUUCGAGGCUGGAAAAUACGAUCUUGUCGUUGCGGCUUCGGUGUUACACGCUACGACCAACAUCACUCGGACUCUGGAGAACACGCGAAAGCUGCUUAAGCCGGGUGGUCGUCUCAUCUUGGUUGAGAUCUCCAAUAUGCUCAACCAGGCCUUCCUCUUGUUUGGCUGCCUGCCUGGCUGGUGGAUGUCUGAGGAGAGCUACCGCCCUUGGGGUCCUACUAUGGACCAGGAUAUGUGGGCAGAGCACCUCAGGCGUGUUGGGUUCAGUGACCUGACUCUCGCUGCACCAGAUAGCGAGGACCCCAAGGAUGAGCUGGGCAGGGUCUUCUCUUGUGUUGCUGUUGAGCAGCCUGCCCCUCCAUCCGUCGACCCAUCUAUUUCAUCGGUGGUACUGAUCGUCGAUGACGGCGCACCUAGUGAGUUGGAGCAGGCUCUUGACGCGAAUCUUUCGAAGCUGGGUGUUCCAGUUCGUAGGACUCGACUUGCCGAAGCGGCAGACACACCCCUCCAGAACGCUUGCUGCGUGUCUCUGGCCGAGCUCAACCGUUCCGUCAUCAAGGAUAUGGCAUUGGCCGAGUUUGAAGGCAUCAAGACUAUCUUCAAGUCUAGCCGAGCUUUACUCUGGGUGACCGAAGGAGCAUUCAACAACGCAAGUCGUCCAGAGUCGGCCCUCUUCCACGGUCUUGCUCGCUCGCUCCGGGCUGAGAACGAGACCUUCCCGUUGACCACGGCGGACUUUGCGUACAUCAAUCGGAAGAACCCUUCAGAGACUGUACAACAAUUGCUUGAGUUAUUGCAGCAAGUCCUGCGGAACCCCGGAACUCAGGAGCCCGAGUAUCACUAUGAAGAUGGCUCUUGGAAAGUCUGUCGCUGCCUCGAGUCUGUUGAUGCCAGCGCUCAGAUCCAUGGCCGGCUACACCAUGAAUCGGCUGUCAGCGAUAAGACAGAGUUGCAGCCCUUCUACCAGCCCGGUAGGCCCUUGAAGUUGAGCAUUAAGACGCCCGGCCUUCUGGAUACGCUGCGCUUCGAAGACGAUCCUCUACCAGCCGAACCUCUUGGCCCCGACGAGGUUGAAGUUGAAGUCAAGGCGUCCGGCGUCAACUUCCGCGAUAUCAUGAUCUGCACGGGACAGAUGUCUGACCCUUCUCUUGGACUUGAGUGUGCUGGCAUUGUCCAUCGCGUCGGAGACAACGUCUCUAAUGUCAAGGUCGGUCAGCGCGUGGUAGCGUGGACUCGAUAUAACUACUCCAACUAUGCUCGUACUCCCGCUUGCGUUGUCGAACCAAUCCCCGACGACAUGAGCUACGCCGCCGCGGCCUCAUUGCCCAUCGUAUAUAACACCGUCAUCUAUGGGCUACAACACAUAGCUCGUCUCCGCAAGGGCGAGUCGAUUCUCAUUCACGCAGCUGCUGGAGGUGUUGGUCAAGCAGCCAUCACCCUAGCCCAACGUCUUGGGGCGGAUAUCUUUGUAACGGUUGGAACUCAAGACAAGCGAGACCUCAUCAAGAGCGAGUUUGGAAUCCCUGACGAGCGUAUCUUUUCUAGUCGUGAUAUUAGCUUUGCGCAAGAUAUCAAGAAGGCAACCAAAGGCCGUGGCGUUGAUGUCGUGCUCAACAGCUUGGCGGGAGAGAUGUUGAGUGCUACGUGGGACUGCAUUGCUACAUUUGGCCGCUUCAUCGAGAUAGGCAAGAAGGAUAUGAUAGACAACCGUCGGCUCGAUAUGGAGCCGUUCCUGCGCAAUGUCAUGUUUGCCUCUAUCGAUCUCAUCACCGUCUAUGAGCAGAACAUCUCGUUGGCAGGUGAGCUUCUCCAUGAGACGAUGGACCUCAUCCGAACCAAGGCCAUCAAACCUAUUCCCCGCGUCAAGACAUUCUCAUUCUCCCAAUUUGAGGAGGCCUUUCGUUUCAUGCAGCAAGGCAAGCAUGUCGGUAAGAUUGUUAUGGUGCCCGAAGAGAACGACAUGAUCCCAGCUAUCCCAGCAUCAUCGGGUCCCUUCACUUUCCAAGAGGACGCGUCAUAUCUCAUUGCUGGAUUUGGCGGUCUCGGUCGCAGUAUGGCACGCUGGAUGGCUUCACGAGGUGCCAAGAACCUCAUCUUUGCUUCUCGUUCUGGAGACGGCCGCCCUGAAGUGCGCGAGCUCAUUGAUGAACUUGAUGAGGUUGGCACGCGAGUUAAGGCUCUGCCCGUUGACAUCACCAAUGGACCAGCACUAGAUGCCGCCAUAAGAGGCAUUGCCGACAGUUUCCCACCUCUCCGUGGUGUUGUUCAAGCUGCCAUGGUUCUGGACGAUGCCAUUUUCGACAACAUGUCUCUCAAGUCGUUCAACAACGGCAUUAGACCCAAGGUUCAAGGAACUUGGAAUCUGCACCAGUCUACGUUGAAGCAACCGCUCGACUUCUUCGUCAUCAUGGCGUCUUCUGUCGGUGUUCUUGGUAACUCCGGUCAGGCCAACUACUCAGCCGGUAACGCGUACGAGGAUGCUCUCGCACAAUACCGCCGGUCGCAAGGACUCCCUGCCAUCUCGGUUGAUCUGGGUAUGAUCUUGUCUGUGGGAGCCGUGGCUCAGGAUUCUACAGGAAUGAUUCGCAACAAUCUAGAGAGCAAAGGAUUCGUGGGCAUUGAGGAGGAUGAGUUCCUUGCCAUCCUCGAGACUUCCAUUCGAGAGUCAUUCUCUUCAUCAGCUGCCGGUCAGAUGAUUACUGGCAUCCAGACACAAUCCACCCUUCCAGGUGAUGACGGCGUUCCCGUUGACGAACCCUUCUGGAAAUCUAGCCCAGUCUUCUCUCACCUCCCGAAACUGGGCGCCCGCUCUUCCGGCCAGUCCAACAAUGCGGGCGAGCAGUCCAUUCAGUCCCUCCUCAAGGGCGCCCUCUCACUAACUGAUGCUGUGACGGUCAUCAUCGAUGCAAUGACAAUCAAGCUCAGCCGCAGUCUGAUGAUGGACGUCGCAGAGCUGGACCCGACCCGACCAACCAGUGCAUUUGGAAUAGACAGCUUGGUGGCUGUCGAGCUCCGGAACUGGUUCCAGAAACACAUGAAGGCUGAUAUUGCCGUGUUUGAGAUUUUGCAGACGAAUAGUCUGCAGACGCUUGCCUUUAGAGUUGCAGAGAAGAGUACUUUGGUGGAAAGCUCCCUGGCGGAUGGACAGUGA